AUCCUGUGUCAUCUUCCCAAGGAACCACUUUUCAACUACAAUCCACAUUAGAGCUGACAAGCUCGUAGCUCUUCUAUUCUCUCGCCAUUGAUGUUGGCUCUGAAAACACUGUCUUGGAAUUGUCUAAUGAAGCAGCGUUACUCGUGUUCAAAAGCUCUCUUGACGAACUUUAUCGCAUUCGACUAAAAGCUAAAGAUAUCGCGAACUCGAUAUGGACUUCUAAGCUGAGAUGUUAACAUCGGGUUUUCCGAAAGAGAAUAUAGACACCACCUUGGCCAAACAUUCGGAUGUGUGCAAAGACCUCAGUUAUGGAGUACGCUCUCGGCCCGGUUAGGCACACGGAAGGAAUUCGCACGCAAGCUUCACGGACAUCCCAUUGUUUCGUUUCUACCUAUCAGGCACGCGAGCUUCAGUGCACCUCUUUGCACUUUUCUAUGAUGCUGCUUCGCUGUAUAUCCUAAGGUGAUUGCCAAGAUUUAGGGUUAAAACUUGUGCUCUGUUACUGGAGCGGUAUUGUUUCUGCCGUGCGUGCCCACCGACUCACAAACACGAACUGUCGCCCAACCUGGAUGCAUAUCCUCGUUGCUUCUCAAUGCAGAAACCUUGCCAAACCAGCUGACAGAGCCAUGACUUCGACGCAAUGAGUGACUUUCCCCUGCACUUUUGAAGAUCUUCUCCAAGGAGACGGAAAAAGCCAUGAAUUCUUGGUACAUAAGACUUGCUCAUGAUGCAGUGCUGGUGAUCCAUCGAAGUUAUCUAUCAACAUUUCCUUCGUUCCCAGUCUUUGUUCUGUGAACAGAGUGCUUAAUCUACUACAUUUUACGUCCAUCUUACCUCUUUUAAUACUUUUAUAGCUUUUCAAGUACUCUGCGAGUCGACGCUGGACGUCUCCUUCCAACUUUCAUCAUGAAGAUUCAAAGCUUUGCUGCAAUUGCCUUCGGCAUCAUCACAGUGGUGUCCGCUAUGCCAGCACCAGCAAAUGAUCUCGGCCUAGGAAUACCAUUCACAGAGCGUACCGUAGUUGUAGCCAGAUCUCCACAAGCCAAGGGCAAAGGUGGUGCAGGAGCCGCUGGAGCUGGAGGUGCCGGCACUGGAAAAGGUGCAGCUCAAGCUGGUGGAGCCGGCGCCGCCGCAGGUAAGGGAAAAGGUGUUGGUAACACAGGAGCAAAUGCUGGCGCUGCGAAUGCAGGUGCAGCAGGAGCAAACGCUGGUACAAAUGCUGGCGCAGCUGCUGGUAAGGGUAAAGGUGGAGCUGCAAAUGCUGGCGCUGCCAAUGCUGGUGCUUUAAAUGCUGGUGCUGCAAAUACUGGUGCUGUAAAUGCUGGCGCUGCAAAUGCUGGUGCCGCGAAUGCUGGCACUGCAAAUGCCGGUGCAGCUAAUGGCGGUACCACUGCUGCUGCAACGACAGGGAAAAAAGGUAAAGGUAACGGAGCUGCUGCUGCCGCUGCCGCUGCAACUGGUAAAAAGGGCAAAGGGAAAGGAACUGGUGCUGCGGCUGCGGCUGCGGGCGGUGCCGCAGCAGCCGGGACUGUUGCAAGUGCAGCUACAGCAUCUUUAGCUGCCGCGACUGUAGCAUCGGCGGCGGUGUUGCCUACAGCAGCCACGGCGGCAGCAGCGACAACAACUGGAACAUUAGUGAAUGGUGUUUGUACCUGUCCAAACGCAGCAGCUAUAGUUGCAGCCGCUAGUUGAUUGCUUUACAAUAUCCAUUUUGCUUCGCCUCGAUGUGCGAUUCAGGGCACUAAGGUCGUUCGAAUGAAUGUGCGAGUGUUAGAAUGAUGCUCUCUACUCGUACCUAUCAGUAC